UGGUGAUAAUUUGGUGCAAGAGGCUCCUCUUCAAUGGCAAUGUCAACAAAGGAUACAAAAACGAGUCAGCCUGUUAAGCUAUGUGCAAGCUUACAAACACUCGUGUGUCUGACUCGUAACUUAACUCCUGAAAAAAAGGCUCUGAUGAGCAACUAUGUUUUCAGAGGUUUCUUAGAAAUAGAAAAUGAUAGAGAAAGUUCUGCUACAUUGGUUUCCAGUUUCUGUGACAUUUAUGAACCGACAACGAAAGUUUUUGUGUUGAACAACUAUGCUUCCUUUUCUUUUUGUGUUAAAGAGGUAUCGUAUGUUAUUGGUAUGGAAAAUACCGGAACUAGUAGUUUAGCAAUCUCUCAUGGAGGAAAAUUUCCUUAAUUUAUCUUUGACUUGAAAAAAGAGUUGAACUUGCCAGAAUCAAAAAAAUUAAAAACAUCAGAUGUUAAAACUAUUUUAGAACAACUGGACAUAACAGACGAGCAAAGCAAAACAAAUUUCAAAAAACUUCUUCUUUUUUUUUGAUUGAACUCAUUUUACUAUGCCCCCCGAAUUCGAAAGUGCCGCGUUCAUCGUCUUGGGCAAUGGUAGAUAACUUAGACGCCUUAGGAAAUGUUAAUUGGCCGAAAGUUAUCUUUGAUAAUCUCCAUGCCUCAUUCGCGAAACUUAAGAAUUUGAAGGAUGCGCCAGGUAUGGUACAACACUUCUUCA